AUGACGAUCAGAUUAUCGGGGGAUCACGGGCAGCACUUUCCACCCCGAAUCUUCUGCCUCAGCAAGGUGGAGGCUCUGGUGGUGGAGAUGCAGAACCCCAAUUCUGGAGUGAGAACAUCGGAGCAGAAGCUGAGCGUGACCUCCAUUCCACACGUCAUGAGCGGGCAGGACAUCGCUGAGUGGAUCGCUAAUCACAUGAAGCUGGAUAAUGAAGAGGCGCGGGCGCUCGGUACCAUGCUGGUGGCAUUCGGCUUCAUCUUCCCACUGCAGGACCAUAAACAUCUCGUCCUCAAACCCAACGCCAGUCUCUACCGCUUCCAGACACCGUAUUUCUGGCCGGUGCAGAAACGCAGGGCUGAAGACGUGGAUUACGCCAUUUACCUGGUGAAGAGGAGAAUGCGGAAGAAAGGAACCCUGGACGAGUAUGAGCAGGAACACUACGACAAACUCCACAAAUACCUCAACUACAAGUGGGACUUCAUCCUCAUGCAGGCCACAGAGCAGUACAGGGUUGGGAGGGAGAGGACUAAAGCAGAUCGAGUCGUGUUCGACUGUCAGGAGAGAGCGUACUGGAUCCUCCACCGACCCCCGCCCCGGACUCACAGCGCUCUGGAUCAGGGGUUAGAUCGUCUGAUUAAUCCCAACACUGAGGAGAAGAAGACGGUUGAUCACUACAGGAGAAUGAUCAUUUUUAUCCAGCAGUCGAUCAUGAGACCCAAACUAAAAUCCUCCGUGUCUCUCGGGGCCCUGGUGAAGUACAUGACGACGUAUCGGAACCACGACCCCUUCCUCAACCCCUGCUUACCCAGCAACCCCUGGCAAACUAACGACAGCACCUACUGGGACCUGAACAUGAGGAAUGUUGAAAUACCCACUAAGAUGAGAGUUGAACGUUGGUCCUUCAGCUUCUUUGAGUUACUGAGUGAUCCUCGCGGCCGAGCCGACUUCAAAGUCUUCCUGAAGAAAGAGUUCAGCGGAGAGAAUCUGGCGUUUUGGGAGGCAGCAGAGGAGAUGAAGUGGGGCGCGGCAGCAUCCAUGUCUGAGAAAGCCGAGACCACUUUCAAGACGUUUCUUGCCCCCGGUGCUCCUCGCUGGAUUAAUAUAGACGGCCGGACGAUGGGUUUGACUCUGAAGGGAUUAGAACAUCCGCACCGUAACGUCCUGGAUGCUGCACAGACUCACAUCUUCAUGCUCAUGAAAAAAGACACGUUCUAUCGGUACCUGAAGUCUCCGGUUUAUAAGGACGUUCAGAAUAAAGCUCUCUCACCUGCAGCUCACAACUUCACUGACUCUCAGCUGGAGCAGAACGCCCGGAACCGUAAGCCGGGGAUUCACCCCAUCAUCACGUGGCAACAGGAACAGGAGGAGAAAGCUAAAGCCGCCGCCGCCGCUGGACCCAUCGACAUCAAAAAACUGAUGGCCAGCAAACUGGACCGCAAGUGA